GGAGAAGCUGAAGAAAGCCGAGGCGGAAAAGCUGAAGCUCGAGGAGAUGAAGCGCGAGGAGGCGAAGCUGAAGAAAGCGGAAGAGGAUAAGGAGACGGAGAGGCAGAGACGCAUGGCGGUUAAGGCUAAGAUGAAGAAGGAACUACAGGAGGUGGAGGAGCGG